UCCACAUAUCCCCAAAUUUCACAACUGUUUCUCUCUGGUUUAUAUCACAGCUAGUAGUUUGUUUACAAUUUCGAUUCGAAUUCAACACAGUAAGACAAAAUUCGCCGAAUUGUAGAGAGAGAAAGUCAAAAUGCUGCAGAACGAGUUUCAGAUUGGCGGCGAUGGUAUUCCGGUGAGCGAGGUUUACUGGUCUCUGGUGGCCAAGGCCGACAAGAAGUUCUCUAAGAUCCGCGAUUUGCCCUACUAUCAAAGAACCAGAUACGAUACAUACUUCUAUAAAGUAUUUAAAGUCUACACUCAGCUAUGGAAAUUCCAACAAGAAAAUCGACAGAAGCUGGUUGAAUCUGGGCUAAAGAGAUGGGAGAUAGGUGAAAUUGCCUCUCGAAUAGGACAGCUUUACUUCGGACAGUACAUGAGAACUAGUGAGGCAAAUUUCUUGUCGGAAUCUUACAUAUUCUACGAGGCAAUCUUGACGAGGGAGUAUUUCAAGGACGGGUUACAUCAGGAUGUGAAUCUUGCCAGCAAACAGUUGAGGUUUCUUGCUCGGUUUCUGACAGUUUGUUUGGUGUUGAACCGCCGAGAAAUGGUCUACCAGUUGGUUAAUCAGCUUAAAAUGUUGCUUGACGAAUGCAAAAGGACUUUUCAGGAAACCGACUUUAAAGAAUGGAAGCUCGUAAUUCAAGAAAUAGUGAAAUUCCUAAAAGCCGACACAUCAUUUAUGAAUAUAAGGCCUUUAAGGUACAGCGUUGUAUUGGAACUUCAUCCAGAUAAUCUCCCACAAGUUCCCGAUGCCAAACGAAAGCUAAGACUAAGAGAUGCUUUACUGUGCAGUUACCAUCCAAACGAGGUAAAGUUUUCGGAGCUCACACUCGACACUUUUAGGAUGCUACAAACUUUAGAGUGGGAACCGAGCGGUUCGUUUUAUCAGUCGAGCGUGGGUCCCACUAUUGUAACUGGAUCUGGCGUUACUCAAAAUGGAGUGUCUGGACAUAGUCGAGUCAAUCAGGAUAUAACCGAUCCGACUUUGCCACCUAAUCCAAGAAAAGCCAUCUUGUUUCGCCCAUGUGUCACACAUUUCCUAGCUGUCUUGGGGACAGUGUCCGAGGAGCUUCCUUCCGAUGGAAUUCUCUUAAUAUACCUUUCAGCAGGAAACGGUGAACAUGCUAUGCCUACGCCAUCUUCAUCUCGUUCCGGAAAUUCUGUUGGUUACAUUGAAAACCUUUCAAGGGGAUUUCAGUUUAGUUCCAUUAAUUCGGAUUCGAGCAAUAUUCAUUCGAUUACAAGUGGAUAUGAUAGUGUAAAUCAGUCUCGUAAUAUUUCUGAUUGCUUGCAUAUUGGUCCUCCUGUACAAAGAGGUCUCAACUGCAUAUAUCCGUCCGACUUAUUGCCUUUCACAAGAAGGCCCCUCUUUUUAGUGAUUGACAGUGGAAAUAGUAAAGCAUUCAAAGCGAUGAGUGGUGCGGAAAAAGGAGAACCCGUUGCAAUUCUACUAUCUCCGGCCAUAUCAUUACCUUUGCCAGCUGUCGAAUCCUCUCGCCAGCCUGGCGGAAGCUUGUUCACCAGUUUUCUCACAGCUCCUUUGCAGUCAUUCAUUCUUUUGCUAGGUUUUACUGGCACCGAUAUUGAAAAGGACUUAUAUAGUAAAGCUGAAAAGCUGCUCCAGCUCUCAUUAAAUAAAUUGGGAUCAUCAUUGGUGGAAACUGAGAAUCUCGAUCCAGUCUGGUCUCAGAUUUUAACUGAUCCGUUCUUGAGGCGUAUCCUUUUAAGAUUUGUAUUUUGUCGAGCCGUAUUAUCACUGUAUUCUCCAUCUUUCGACAAGAUAGAGUUUCAACCCGAAUGCGUGCCUCUUCUUCCGGAAGCCACGUCAGCAUUGGGCCCCACGUGCCAAAAAGCUGUGUUAGAAUUAGCCGACUUGUUUGGGGUAACCAACAGGUUCAAGUUCUCACAAUGAGAAAAUUAACAAAAGCUUAAAAAAAUAUGUUUUUAAGAGUUCUUUGUGAAUGUUUAGAAAGCUCUUUUAGUUACAGACACAAUUGUUUGUUGGUUUCUGUUGAUCCCUUUUGUUGUAUCAUUGUAAAAAUUGGGGCUGCUGUAUUUUCAUCUUCUUGAAAUAUUUCUAACAAGUUCUUUCACUUUCUCCAAAAAUAGAAAAAUAUCCUUUUUUUUU